GCACAUUCCUUUGAUUGAGAAGAUGAAAUUCUUUACGGUAUUAUUUAUUAUCGCUUUCGCGGUUGUCCUGGUUGAAGGUCAACGAGGAUUCGGACGUCGAGGAUCUCGUGGUUUUAAUGGAUUCCGUGGACUCCGUGGGCUAGGCGGACGAGGCGGACGAGGCGGUCCAUUUAGACGAGGUUUCAGAAGUUUUAGAGGACUCGGAGGUUUCGGUGGAUGUGGUGGUGGCAUUCGCCAUCGUCGCUCAACCGCAGCACCAUCGACUGUCGCACCACCAGCUCCUUCAUCAUCAUCUGCCGCGCCAUCAACUGCUGCUCCUUCACCUGCACCAGCAGCUCCUUCAUCAUCAUCUGCUGCGCCAUCAACUGCUGCUCCUUCAACUGCAGCUGCUUCCGCAUCUUCUGCCGCACCAACUGCUGCACCGUCAACUGCCGCACCAAUUGCUGUACCAUCAACUGCCGCACCAGCUGCUGCACCAACAACUGUUGCAGGAUAAACAGCCACAGCUGCCGCAUAAUAGUUACCUUAGUAACUAUAAACAGUUGAUUUGAAGGUUUAUAAAGUAAAAAUAAAAAUAAUUCAAUAAAUGA